UACCCCAAAUGACAAAACCCUAGUACCCCGAAAGCUCGCACUUUUGCUUAUAAAAGCAGAGGCGCCAGUAGAAACUGGAGCUCGGCGGCUCAGCAAAAACCCUAAACUUCACUGAGGUAAGUGAAAAUGGCGGUGCCGCUGCUGAAUAAGGCUAUCGUGAAGAAGAGGGUCAAGCAGUUCAAAAGGCCCCAAAGUGACCGCAAGGUCUCCGUCAAGACCAAUUGGAGGAGACCAAAGGGUAUUGAUUCUCGUGUAAGAAGAAAGUUUAAGGGAUGCACUUUGAUGCCCAACAUUGGUUAUGGCUCUGACAAGAAGACUCGCCAUUAUCUUCCUAAUCAUUUCAAGAAGUUUGUUGUGCACAACGCAAAGGAACUUGAACUGUUGAUGAUGCACAACAGGACCUACUGCGCGGAGAUUGCACACAAUGUGUCCACGAGGAAGAGGAAAGAAAUUGUUGAGAGAGCAGCCCAGCUUGAUGUUGUUGUUACCAACAAGCUGGCCAGGCUACGCAGCCAGGAGGAUGAAUGAGCUCGGCUAUGAGCUAUGUUUUUGAAGUGAGCGUUAUAUUUUAGGCAUUAUGAUGAGUUGUAACCAACAUUUCAACACUGAGAUCGGAUAUUUUUCUCUUGAUUGUCAACAGUUAGCAAAUGAACAAGGUGUUACAUUUUUGUUCUAAUAUCAUUUUGUUCUCAUACCUGGUCUGUUCAUCGACAUUUCAAUACUGAGAUCGGAAAUUCAACCGUUACUAUUUAUUGAAAAAAAA